AUGGAAUUUUCGCCAGCACUUAUGGCAACGGAUGGGACACUUAUAACUGGGCGCAGCAAACACCCUUGGCAGGCCAUUUUUGCACAUCGCAAACUUUUACCCCACCUCGACCCAGACAUGUCACUCGAAGCUCGACCAGAACGCUUGACGCCACCCACCGCGGCAGGAAAAGAGUUUGUUAACCUUCACCAGUCAGAAGGAAUCUUUCCGUUACGCUCGGUGCCUCGCUCAGUAUCGGAAGCUGUCUGCAGCACCUAUCAGCCAACAAGCGCUAUCGCCGUUGUUGGGAUGGCCUUUCGAACGCCAGGUGGUUCCGACGUGGAAUCAUUGUGGGAGGUAUUAACGUCUGGGACUUCUACUCUAUCACAGAUUCCCUCUUCGCGGUUUGACUAUGGAGACUAUGUCGAGCGCGCGCUCCCAGGAAGAUCAAUGGCGGUAUCGACUGGAAAUUUUCUGGAGGAUGUUGAUUUCUUCGACAAUGAACUCUUCGCGAUCAGCCCACGCGAAGCCAGAGUUAUGGACCCUCAGCAAAGACUGCUACUUCAUGUUGCUUCUGAAGCCCUUCAAGAUGCUGGUUACGUUCCCGGGGCUAGUCCGACUUUCGAUCCCGAAACUUUCGGGGUUUUCGUGGGUGCCGCAACAUCAGACUAUGUCCAUAAUCUUCGAGAGAACAUCGACCUACAUUAUUCGACUGGUACCUUAUCCGCGCUCCUUAGUGGUCGGAUCUCCUAUGCCAUGUCGUUUGGCGGACCUUCUAUCGUGGUCGACACGGCGUGUUCGUCAUCAGGGGUCGCUCUUUAUCAGGCAGUCAGGUCCCUUCAAAGUGGAGACUCGAACGCUGCUCUCGCUGGCGGAGUUAAUGUUAUCAGCAGCCCUGACCUCUUUCUUGGCCUAGACGCCGGUCGUUUCCUCACCCAAUCGGGCCAACCGCGGCCCUUCGAUGCGAACGCCGAAGGUUACUCUCGCGCCGAAGGUUGUGUUUUGUUCGUCUUGAAGAGACUUGAGGAUGCAGUUCGUGAAAACGACCGAAUCUUGGGAGUCAUCGACGCUAUCGAAGUUAAUCAAAGCGGCCGAGCAUCAUCUAUCACUCGAACGCAUGCCCCCACGCAGACGGCUCUUUUGAAGAAACUCCUGGUCAGAGCUCAAGUUGACCCCCGGGACGUCCACGUCAUUGAGGCUCAUGCGGCUGGUACCAAGGUCGGCGAUACCACCGAAAUCCAGGCAAUCAGGAACGUCUUCGACACCGGCGACCGCAAUCACCGCCCUCUCUAUCUUACCUCGAUCAAAGCCAACCUUGGCCAUCUGGAAGCUGCAUCAGGAGCGACGAGCCUUAUCAAGGUCUUGUUGAUGCUUCGACACCAGACCAUUCCUCGACAAAUUGGUGUUGCUACUCUCAAUCCCGCCUUGACGGAACCUCCAACUCAUCCCAUACUCGUCCCGAAUGAACCGAUUCGCUGGACCGCGGAAACGAAGCCUCGCUACGCGGUCAUCAACAACUACGGUGCUGCAGGGUCUAACGUUGCCAUUCUUGUUCGCGAGUUUGUCCAGAGAGGGUCCACGGCGCCCCUUUCGCCUAAUCUUCAAUUCACGUUCGGCCUUUCAGCCCCGAGGGAGGAGAAGCUGCAGGCUUGGCGUGAAAAGAUGCUGGGUUGGCUGGAGGGAGGAGAGAAUUCAGAUGCAAGUAACCUCGACAUCGCCUACACGUCUACAGCUCGCCGCCAACUCUAUGAUUAUCGCCUCUCCUUCCCUUGUACCAAUGAUCGUGCCACCAUCAUUCAAAUGCUGAGGACGGCUCAAGUACAGAAAGUCAACUCGAAAUACCCUUUUGUCAUCUUCGUGUUCUCCGGCCAAGGAUGUCAGUAUCGCGGUAUGGGAGCUGACCUUUAUCACGCCUCUGAAACCUUCAGAAGUGACGUCGACACCUGUGCGCGCCUUGCUCUGAACCUAGGAGCACGCUCAUUCCUCCCUGUCCUCCUCGAUCGACGAUUUGAUCCCGCUGGGAUUGACGAGAGUUUAGAAGAGCAACUCGCGCUGUUUGCGUUUGAGUACUCCUUGGCGAGGCUGUGGAUGUCGUGGGGAGUCAGACCUGCUGCUGUCGUCGGUCAUAGCUUUGGCGAGUAUGCAUCCCUUGUGACUGCUGGUGUUCUAUCUCUCGAAGACGCUAUCAGCAUAAUCAAGAUACGAACCCAGCUUGUGCAGCAUCAUACGACUGGACGACGCAAUAGCAGCAUGCUGGCUGUACACCUCGACCCGGACCGCGCGAAAGUCCUCUUGGACACCCUACCCGAGUUCGCCGAGCGGAAUGAUCUCGAUAUCGCAUGUUAUAACAGCUCGGAACAUUGCACCCUCUCCGGACCGUUGGACCAACUCCAGGCGUUCCAGGCUUUUCUCGAGAAGGAGCAUGUCCGCUCGACCAUCCUCCGAAUUCCUGCUGCAUACCAUUCUUCACACCUUGCGUCGAUUGUGGAGCCUUUCACUCUAGCUCUGCAAUCGACGACCUUCCGUCCUCCCACCGUCCCCAUUGCUUCGAGUGUCACUGGUAGACUGGUCCAGGUUGGCGAUUCGACUUCCAUUGACGCGUCAUACCUCGCUUCCCAGCCUGUACGGCCCGUCCUGUUCCAACAGGCCGUGCACUCGUUGCUGGCACACGUCGACCAGAAGGCGCAGGGUGCGCUCUUGACAUGGGUUGAGAUCGGACCUCAGCACGGUCACCUUUCCCUUCUACGCAGUAAUGAAGCCAUGCCAGCGGACUCUUUGUACCUCGCCUCGUCGAAGAAGGACGAAGCACCUUUCAGAAGUCUCUCCGUAUCCCUCUCCCAACUUUACAUGACGAGAGUGGAAGUGGACUGGAGGGCGGUGUUCGGGCUUUUCGGAGAUGCCCGCUGCGUCGGCCUUCCUUUCAUGCCAUUUCAUGGAUCGAGAUUUUGGGUGCCUUAUGAAGAUCCUUCCUUCUCUCGCCACCGCCGGAUAACAGUCACGACCGCCUUUCGCGGAUUUUGCGUCCAACGCCCCGCGCAAGACAAUCGAUAUACAGCCCGUUUCGUUCUCCCUGUGGAACAUUACAGCGAAAUGAUUCGGGGUCAUCAAGUGAAAGGGUUUCCUCUCUGUCCUGCCAGUAUUUACUUCGACAUCGCGAUCAACGGCGUCUUCGAAGUUGGAGGAUAUCUCCGACACCACGACCCAAGGACUGUGCGAUUGGAGGGUGUGAAGUUUGUGAGGCCCUUGGUUUCGGACGGACGAGCAGAGGUGUUCAUCUUGACUGUCGUACUCGAAUCGUCAACCCAGACCAGGUACAGCUUCACCAUUGGUUCCGCCGCAACUUCCGCCCAACAUGAGGUCACCCUUCACGCUCAAGGUUACUUCAACGAUAGCUCCAGCGCCCAGACCUCCGCAGAAUUGUCUUCCCUCCUUCCGUUCACCGCCAGUCGAAUCGAAGCGCUCCACAACGACCACAACUCCGACCUCGAUGUCCUGCUUCCUUCGACGAUCUACGACGUCAUUUUCCCUCGCAUUGUUUGCUAUGCCCAGGAAUAUCGAGCAUUCGAUCGGGUAGUGGUAGCGGCGGAUAGACGAGAAGCGUACGGGGUGAUGAAGUUGCCUGAGAAGACCUUCCAGGGUACAUUCGUCGUCCACCCAGUCUAUCUCGAUGCCAUGGUCCACAUCGCAGGCUUUCUGGUCAACAUGCGAGCCACGGAACAAUCCGCCUAUCUCUGCACUGAUGUCGGGUCCCUCACGCUUCUUCGAGAAGCGUUCGAAUACGAUGCGGUUUACAGUGUCUACUGUUCGCUGGGUGCGAGCGAGUCAAGUGCGGAUGCUGUGGAGGUUGGAACGGUGGUGAUGGCCUCUAGGAUGGGGAUAAAAUCGAUUGUCGCGCGGGUCGAAGGCGCACGGUUUCAAAGGAUAUCGCUCGGAGGGUUCGUCAAGUCACUCUCGACGACGGCAGAUACCGUUAGCACCGCAUCUCCUACUCUAUCGGCAGUUGAUACCCUGGUCAGCUCUAUCGACCCACCUCCAGACUCCUGUAUUCCAGACCUCAAGCAACUCUUGUCGAGCACCCUUCAUAUCCCCCUUGCGAACAUCCAGGACACCUCGUCGUUCGCUUCGCUUGGUCUGGACUCCUUCGCCUCCAUAGAGCUGCGUCACAAGCUUCGCUCUCAACAUCGCCUCAAACUGCCUUCAGACUUCUUCCAGCGACACAGUACCGUGCAUGAGGCUCAAACCUAUAUUGAAUACACCACUCCGCGCCAUCGUAUGGACCCUGAUCCCGUCCGGAAGGGACGGGGGCUCUACCUCAUUCACCCUUCAAAGGCCGAGAGCCUCAAGGCCCCGCUGGUGCUGGUACACGACGGAAGUGGACUAACGACGGGCUAUGACAACCUACUUGAUAUUGGACGAGACGUCUGGGGCAUUGAAGAUCCGUACUUUGGGAUGAAAUGCUGGACAUCUCUCGAAGAGAUGAUUUCGGUCUACGCCGAUCUGAUCAUGGGCAAUAUUGAGGGCAACAUCAUCCUCGGCGGUUGGUCAUUUGGCGGUAUCGUCGCCUACGAGAUCGUGAAGCACAUACGGGGCCAACUUUCGAAGCAACAAACCGAACACGACUUUCCACAGCCCUGUCGGGUCCGCGUAAUCGGUCUCCUAUUAUUGGACUCCCCUUGUCCUUUGGAUCGCGUUUACCUCUCGGAGUCCCUCAUCGACUUCAUCCUGGGCAUUAGGGAGGACGACCUGAAGUCCGAGUCGGAUACAAAUAACAAACUGCCGCUGGAGUCCAUCGUCAAGGCCCACCUGCAGCACUGUGUAUCCCUCUUACGCCGCCAUUACGAACCAGCGCUCGACUCUGUCAUCAAUCAACACCUGGGCGCACCUUCCAAGCUUUCCAUUCCCUCGAACUCUGGUUAUUCCGUAUUGGUUGUGUUAUUGGUGUGCAAGGAGGGAUUCCGACUUCCGUCAACCCAAGCACCAUGUCUACAAGAAGACGUGGAGGAUGCAGUCCAUCCUUGGUUCUCAGAUCGGAAGGACUUGUCAGCCGUUGUGGGCUCUUGGAAACAAUUCGUUGACCUCGAUGUCGACGUGUCCGUGCGACCCGUCGAUGGAAACCACUUCGACUUAUUCGCGAGGAAUAGGGUUGGUUCGACAUCUGGAGCUAUACAACAGGCGUGUGAUAUCAUGGACGGACAACGUUAUCCUUGA